AUGUUCGUGGGCUACGUGCUUCGCGACGGCGAGGGCAACUUCGCCGACUGUGCCUUUCGCCUAACCCAGGUCGUCGCCGUCGCGCCGAAAACCGGCGAUUUCGUCGUGCGCCUCUACGUGCGAAGCGGCGGCAGCGGGAACCCCGCGCUCCUCUGCAGCCUGACGCGUGCACGGCCACAAGCCAAGCUCGACCUGAUCGUGCCGAGCGACGCCUGCGUCGCGUGCGAAAUGAGCGGCGCCGCCCGCGGUGCACCUCGUCGGCUACCGGCGGCGCAGCCGCGCGGCAGCGGCGCGCUCGACGAGUGGGAGGAGGCCGAGGCGGGCUCGGACGAGUCGGACGGCUCGGAGGAGGGAGGGGAGGAGGAGGCGGAGGAGGAGGAGAGCGACGCGCGCGAGGAGAGCGGGAGCGGGGAGGAGGAGGCGGAGGAGGAGGCGGCGGCGGAGGCGGAGGCGGAGGAGGCGGAGGAGGAGAGCGAGGAGGACGAUGAGAGCUACGAGGAGGGCGAGGAGGAGAGCGGGGAGGAGGAGAGUGAGGAGGAGGGCGAGGAGGAGGAUGGGAGUGAGGCGGGGAGCGGGGAGGAGGAUGAGGCGGAUAAGGAGGCGAGGCUGCAGCCUGCUGCUGCGGAUGAGGAGGCGAGGCUGCAGCAGCUGCUCGCACUCGCGCGGGAGGGGGGGCUGCAGGGAGGGCUCGAGUCGCUCGGCGACCUGCCGUGGGGCUUCUCGCUGUACGGGGAGGAGGAGGAGGAGGAGGAGGAGGAGGAGGAGGAGGAGUGGGAGGGCGGGGAGAGCCCGAGCCGGCCCAGCCUCUGCCGCUCAAGUCGCCCACGCGCGGCGCUCGCCCCGGACCUCGCCGCCGACAGCGCGCUCAGUGGGCGGGCGAAGCUGACGGCGGUGCUGGCGGUCGACGACUUUUACUUUGGCGCGCUGUACGCUGAGCUCACCCGCGACGGAAGCGGCGCCAGCACCUUCAGCAACGCAGAGGCGUGGGCCGCGGGGGGCGGGUGGACGGGACGCGCGGUGGCGGCCCACGUCGCAUUGCUCGCUGCCUCGCUCUCUUCGGCCGCAAAGCCUGCGGCGCCCAACCCGCUCUACGAGCUCUGGAGGCUGCGCUGGGCAGAGGCGGCGACGCUGCUGCACGGCGGCGGCCUCGCCUCCGCGGCACAGUAUGCAAAGGCCAGGCCGGCCGGCCGCGCGGCGAGGGACAAGGAGCCGCCCGCGCCGCCGCUCGUGCGGCGCUGGAGGAGGGGGGAGCGAGAGUGGCCCUGCUGGUUGCUCGCGUUUGCAGUGCCGUCGGCGGAGGCGCUGGCCGCGGUGAGUGAGCUCGGGCUGCCUGUCGUGGAGAUGGGGGGCGGGGUGGGCUACUGGGCCGCGCUGCUCCGCCGGCGCGGCGGAGCGGUGAAGCGAGGCGUGGCUGUCGAGUGUUUCGACAGCGCGCCGACGGAGGCGGGCGGCAAGGGCGGCAAGGGCGGCGAGAGCGGCAACACGUUCCAUGGCGAGUGCCCGCCGUGGGGUCCGGUGCAGCGCGGCUCGAGCGCUCUGUUGGCGAGCCGACGUUUCCGGCGGCACGCCCUGCUGCUGUGCUACCCUCCUCCUCGGGCGCCGAUGGCGGCAGAGUGCCUCGCCGCUUUCUGCGGCGACACGGUGGUGCACGUGGGCGAGUGGUUGGGCGACACGGGCAGCGCGGCCUUCGAGGCUGCGCUCGCCGAGGGGUGGGAGCUGACCCGGAGGCUCCCCCUCCCCUGCUGGGGCGACACGGCCGAGGACCUCACCAUCUGGCGGCGGCGCGGCGGCGGCGUGCCGCGGGGCGGCGGCGCCGCGGCUGACCACCCUGUCCUUCGCUGCGACAGCUGCGGCAAGGCGGGCUCGCUGCAGCCCGCCACAGUGCGAGACAAGCCGGGGCUUCUCCGCCGCUGCCGCUACUGCCGCCUCGCCUGCUACUGCUCCGCCGCUUGCGCGCGGCGGGGCGACGCCGAGCACAAGAAGUGCCAUGCGGUCCGGAUGAUCGGCGCGCCGCCGCCCGCCGACUUUGGCGGCCCAGAGUACCACACUUGCUGCGUCUGAGCUGCGCGAGUGGCAGUCCGCAGCACAGUGCGCUCUGGCCUGGCCUCGGGCGGCAGGCGGCUGGGGGGGGUGAGGACGCUCUCGUAUCUGGCUCUUCCAGGCGGCACAGCACCGGCGCCGCGACACGUGCAUGUGCAUGAAUCGAAACCGACUCGAUGUCUCUCUCUCGUCAGACUGUCUC